UAAGCGUAAAGAUGGUAGCCAGUGUAACCAAACUAAAUCUGGACCGAUUGAGAAGGUUCUGUUUUUUAUGUCCAAUGUUUCAUUUGAAAAACCUCCGUGAAUUAACAUGUGUGUUUGUUACCAUGUAUGUGUUGAUGAGCCAGUCGUUGGCAGACGACCGGGACUUUAUGGAGGAGUUUCUGAAGCGGGAAUAUUCUUUGGCAAAGCCUUACCGAGGGUUGGGUUUCUCUAGUUCUUCACAGUGGGAUUUGAUGGGUACUGCCAUGGUUACACCUGACUAUGUGAGGCUGACCCCAGACCUGCAGAGCAGACAGGGAGCUGUGUGGAGUCGAAUUCCUUUCUUCGUGAGGGAUUGGGAACUAAAGGUGCACUUUAAAAUCCAUGGCCAGGCAAAGAAGAAUCUGAAUGGGGAUGGCAUGGCUAUCUGGUUAACCAAAGACCGCAUGCAGAGUGGACCUGUGUUUGGCAGCAUGAACCAGUUCAUUGGACUUGGAAUAUUUGUGGAUACUUACCCCAACGCUGACAAGAGUCAUGAUAGGGUUUUCCCAUAUGUAUCAGUGAUGCUGGGAAAUGGGACACUGUCAUAUGACCAUGAUUCUGAUGGACGGCACACUGAACUUGGAGGAUGUUCAGCUUUGACGCGCAACGCUAUCUAUGACACAUUUCUUCUCAUCAGAUUCUCCAGAAACAGACUGACGCUGAUGGUGGACGUAGAGGGCAAGCAGGAAUGGAAAGACUGUGCUGACAUCUCAGGACUGCGGCUACCUUCAGGCUACUUCUUUGGUGCGUCCUCUGCCACUGGAGACCUAUCAGAUAACCAUGACAUCAUCUCCAUGAAGUUGUACCAGCUGACAGUAGUGAGGACUCCUGAGGAGGAGGAAGAGGAGGAGGAGGUCACCAUCCCUAGCGUUGACAACAUGGAUAAGUUCCAAGCGGAGGUGGAGGUGGAAGGGACGAGCGGAGUGCAGUUCUUCUUCACCCUGCUCUUCUCCAUCCUGGGCCUGGGUGUGCUGGCAGUGGUAGGGCUCAUGGUUUAUGGCCGCUGGAAGGAAAACAGACGCAAACGUUUCUAUUGAUCAGAGAGCAAGCGUUUCACAGAGGUUUCGGAAUCAACUUAGAUCACCACAAUGCAAGGACUGCCAGAGCUUUACUGAACCAUGUGAUUGAAUGAACAACCGGACGGGUCUGAAGGCCCAAGCCCACAGAACAGAGACAGGUGCAGAGAUCAACAGGUGAGCCAGCUGUGAAGUGUGUGUGUGUGUGUGUGUGUGUGUGUGUGUGUGUGUGUGUGUGUGUGUGUGUGUGUGUGUGUGUGUGUGUGUGCGUGCGUGCGCGCGCGCACACGCGCGCCUCGUCGCGUGCGUGGAAGAUAGAUGAGAUAAAGCUGCUUUAGAGGAAUUUCUUCUUUUAAAAAUGGAUCACAGUAUGUUUGGAACAACUGCACUAAACCAGACACUGUAGAUUUGAAAUAGUUGCUGAUGUGACUCUGGUGUCCCUUGUGGUCACUUCAUCCCCAACAGACAAACAAAACAAAACAACUUCCGAUCAAUUCCAAAAUCACAGAUGUGUGCGCUUUACUGAAAUCACGUUACGAGAUACUGUGGUAUUGCAGUUUAAAGUGUACCUCUUACUGCCACUGGGUGCUGCCAACGUGCAGCUUGAAUCUGACAUGGAGCUGCUGUGAAGACCAUCAACCUGUGGAUCUCUGGACACUUCUUCUGUCAGCACUGAAAACGGCAAACUGCAUUGAGAGCGCCCUCUGAGCCCGGCAAACACUCAGAUCAGCUGAAAUGGAUUGAUUCAAUCAGUAAAGGUACGGUGAGUGAGACAUCGUGCUUCUUGUACUUCAAAGGAGUGAUUAGAGUUGAAGUGCCGAGCCAGGACCAAUAGAGCAGCUCUGACUCUCCUCCUGUCCUCUCUGCUGGUUUCAGCUCCUCCUCUGUGUUCUGUUUGCUUCCUUUCCCAUCAGCAGCUGAUAACAGUUCUCAGCUGUGAGAAGUUGAUGUUAAGUUUUGUCAGUAAUCUGUUUAUGGCUGCUGUGCAUCAGAUCUUUGAGCUUUAGCAUCACUUUUUAUGUGAACAAAAUCCAACUUUUCUGUAGUACAUGAUUUCAUCAGUACCAUCUUGUUUCAUCAACUGAUUCAUUUCUGAUUAUGUGACUUUAGACUUUUGCUCUAGUGUGCACUGUUAUUGAACCCUUUGAAACCACCUGGAUCAAUAUUACUUUCAUUGUGCUGCAUUCAGACACUUCACAAGUAUAUGAACCCUGAGCAGAUUGGUUUGAGUCCUCUCAAAAACACAGGAAAAACAGGCAAUGAGCAACUGGGUAAGAAAUGUGCUGCAAAUUACAAGACAUUAAUACAUCUAGAAAAUUGUUUUUUAGAAAGUAAAGGAAAAAUGUCCAAACACUAUAUUUAUAAUUAUUAACACUUGUUUAGACUUGAAAUUUAAGUGAUGCCAUUACAGAAGCUGGUGCCUUUCCCCUGCUGUCCACUAGACGCAGCUGCCUGAGACCAUCCACUACCUUUUUAGCUGCUGUCCCAGUGUCCAUCAGACUGGUGACCAGUGCUCCUCACUCAUGGCUCUUGGUCUCCACUCCACUGUCUCCACUGGCUCCUAGUGUAUUUCUGCUGAAGUCUCUAAUGCAUGAAGAUCACUUUUGAAUUUCUAGAAAUGUCUACAUGUAAUGUUCAUUGACAUUAAAACUGAACAUUUUUCAGUGCGCAGGGACUCAGACCUCGGCCAACAUGUCUGUCUCUCCGAGGCAGAGUGAACAUACUGCUAUUAUAUAGCAGAAGAACUGAGGUGUCCUCUGGUACCAACUGUGAAAAUCUAACUUGUUUGAAAGGAGGUUAAAUAACAAUGCAUUUUUGGCAACAGAAAAACAGUCACUUGAUCUCUCUGCUUGAGGUAUCUGAAUGAAAAUGGGCUCUUUCCUUUAAGACAUGUCCACUCAAUGCUACUCCUGCAGUUUUAGGCAAAAGCAUACCGUUUCCUCAUACAGCACAGAUGUUGUUUUACCUGUUUUAUAUGAAUAUAAAACAGAGAAGCAAGACUCUCUGUGAGAUUUGUUCAUGUGUGAGUUUGUUGGUCUCCAUAGUAGCUGUUUCAUAGUAAUGAGACAGUUUCUUUGAAACGACUCACUGUGUAAAAUGACAUAUUGUAGCCUCAAAGAGAAACACACCUUUACAUUUAUCUGUGGAGUUGCUCAAUGUCUCGGUGACUUUAUGCGCUAUUUUGGGGUGGUUUUUAUCAUUUCUCGAGGGAGUUGAAAAUGCAUAUAUUUGGCACCAAACCUGUUUAACAAAUAUAGUCAACCCAAAAAUUGCUACAACAAUUUAUGAGACAUAAUAAGGGUUUCUCCACACAUUUAUUGAUCUUGUAGCGGGCUGCCACAAUAAACAUCUGCCGCU